AUGAUAAUUGGGGGAACGGAUGCUCCACAAAGGCUGGUGAUGAAAAGAACAAAGGUCUCAAUUAUGCGAGAGAAGCGCACCCGGGACUAUGUAACCGAGGGUUCCAUCUCCUUCAGUGACGAGGAUGCAGAAGGCAUCAUUCAACCGUACAAUGAUGCAUUGGUAAUUUCUAUCCUAAUUUGCAAAUCACAAGUUAAACGUAUUUUGAUUGACCCAGGUAGUUUGGCCAAUAUCAUCCGGUGGAGAGUGGUAGAACAGCUGAGGCUACUCGAUCAGAUUAUAUCGGUAGCGCGAGUACUCAGCGGGUUCAAUAUGGCAAGUGAAACCACGAAGGGUGAAAUUUCUUUGCCGGUCAACAUUGACGGCACCAUACAGCAGACGGUAUUCUACGUCAUCGAGGGAGAUAUGAAGUAUAAUGCUUUGCUCGGUAGACCAUGGAUUCAUAGCAUGAGAGAGAUACCAUCAACACUUUGCACCGAUUCUUCGAAGUUCCCGACCCCUGAAGGGAUAAAAACUAUCUGA